UGCAAGAGGACUAGGUCAAUUGUUUGUUUUUAGCUAUGCUUUUCUUGUUUCAUCUAGGUCUACAUCCCGCAAAGCAAGCAAUCCCACUCUCUAAAUCGUCUAAAAUUUGUGGUGUUCAAACGAAGCUAACAAAGUUUCCGGAGCUAAAACAGGAGACAAAUUCCCAUGAACUCUCAAUGGCUAUUAAAUCGUACCUUCUAUCUCCCUCAAUAUAAUCCUUCCCCUCUUCAGUACCCUCUGCGUUCUAUAAGCAGCCUUGGGCCUACCAAGGUGGUUAGCAAUGGCUAAACCUCAAAGAUUGCAGGCCUUUGGCUGCUUUCUUUUCUUUGCUUGUCUUUUCUCUUCAUUAACUACGUCUACUUUUGCAUUGUCUGAUGCUGAAGCAUCUUAUAUCGCUCAUCGCCAGCUGCUAUCCCUCCCUGAAAAUGGCGAACUUCCUGAGAAUUUUGAAUAUGAAAUCAGGAUAAUUGAAACUUUUGCAAAUCAAAGGCUCAGGAGGGCUUACAUUGGCCUUCAAGCCUGGAAAAAGGCUAUGUUCUCGGAUCCAUUUAACACAACUGGCAACUGGGUUGGACCCAAUGUGUGUGCCUACACCGGUGUCUUCUGUGCUCCAGCAUUGGAUGAUCCCAAAUUGAGUGUUUUGGCCGGCGUUGAUCUUAAUCAUGCUGACAUUGCCGGAUUCAUUCCAGCAGAGUUGGGGCUGAUGACCGAUCUUGCAUUGUUUCAUAUAAAUUCUAACAGGUUUUGUGGAAUUAUACCGAAGAGCUUGUCUAAGCUUACGCUUAUGCAUGAGUUUGAUGUCAGCAACAACCGCUUUGUUGGUCCUUUCCCAGAUGUUGCUCUCUCAUGGCCAGGCCUCAAGUUCCUUGAUGUCAGAUUCAAUGAUUUUGAAGGCGAAGUACCGCCUAGCAUUUUCGAAAAGGACCUUGAUGCAUUGUUCUUGAACAACAACAGGUUCACAUCGACCAUUCCUGAAACAAUUGGCAAAUCCACUGUAUCUGUUGUGACAUUUGCCAACAACAAAUUCAAAGGAUGCAUUCCACAUAGCAUUGGUAAGAUGGCGAACCUGAAUGAGAUUGUUUUCAUGAACAAUGACCUUGGUGGUUGCUUCCCAGCAGAAGUUGGCUUGCUAGGCAACGUAACUGUUUUCGAUGCCAGCUUGAACUCAUUUACAGGUAUCCUGCCACAAAGCUUUUCGGGCUUGAACAAGGUUGACGUCUUGGAUAUUUCCCACAACAAGCUGACAGGAAUUCUACCCGAGACUGUUUGCAAGUUGUCGAGCUUGUCCAAUUUCACAUUCUCUUACAACUACUUCAAGGGAGAGGCCAAUGCUUGCAUACCACCUUCAAGGAAGGACAUUGUGUUGGAUGACACAAGCAAUUGUUUGUCUGGUAGGCCAAAGCAAAAGUCAGCCAAGGAAUGCCAACCCGUGGUGAGUCGCCCUGUGGAUUGCAGCAAGGACAAGUGUGCUGGAGGUUCUUCACCUUCCAAACCACGGCCACCCAAGACACCAUCACCUAAUAAAUCUAGCCCAUCAGAGCCAGAGCCACAGCCAAAACCACCAGUCACAGGGCCUCCAACGCCAAAGCCACAUCCAAAACCUCCAGUUACUGCUCCUCCAACGCCAAAGCCAAAACCAUCAACACCAGAUGGCCCACACCAACGAUCACCAGCACUGGCACCAGCAGCAGCACCAGCACCAUAUCCCGAUCCACAUAAACUAUCUCCAGUGAAUCCAACUAGGCCAGCAAUACCUGAGAACCCAACACCGAAGCCACCAAAACCAACAGCAGAACCACCUAAGAACCCUACUCUUGAGACACCAGAACCAACAUUAGCACCUAAAAGCCCAACUCCCGAGUUACCAGAAUCAUCACCAAUGCCUCCACCACCAGUUCAAUCUCCCCCUCCACCAGUCCAUUCCCCACCACCACCAGUUCAAUCUCCCCCUCCACCAGUCCAUUCCCCACCACCACCAGUCUACUCUCCACCCCCACCCGUCCACUCACCCCCACCACCAGUAUAUUCACCACCACCACCAGUCCUUUCUCCACCACCACCUUCACCUAUUUACUCACCACCCCCACCAGUCCACUCACCACCACCUCCUGUCUACUCGCCACCACCACCAGUCUACUCCCCGCCACCACCUGUUCAUUCACCCCCUCCACCACCCGUCCACUCUCCACCUCCACCAGUAUACUCACCACCACCACCGGUACAAUCCCCACCUCCACCAGUAUACUCACCACCACCACCGGUACAAUCCCCACCUCCACCGGUUUCCUCACCACCACCACCACCACGAGCUCCAAUUUCAUCUCCUCCUCCUGCUGUUGAUUCUGCACCUCCACCUACCGAGGAAUUUAUCCUCCCGCCAAACUUGGGAUUCCAGUACUCAUCGCCACCUCCACCAAUGUUCCCAGGCUACUAA